CUUACACAUCCGAUCAGGAUAGGUGCUCAAAAGUUAAUACUGAUGAGUUUUCGAGACAACAGAUAACACUCAUCUCGUUGAAAGUAGUCCAACAGGUGCGCCUUGCCUCAGUCAUGAAUUGAGCAGGCUGAUUGCGGGGCCUUUCCGACCCGAAAUUGGACCGCACUGUACGUGUGUUUCUGAGCCGUCUUGAUGCAACCUGAGAAGACUGCAAUGUUCGACAUGGAACAUGGCCAUUCAGAUGCGUCUGACACGAGCACUAAAUCGAAGCCGUCUAACGGCGGGGUCUCUUCGCACGAUGAUACUUCACCCGGGGCAAGAGAUGGAUUAGAAGCUAGAUUGAACGAGGAUACGGUGACAUCCUGCGAUCAUGACAAUGACUGCAACAACAAUAGCAAUAUAACCGCCGCCGCCACUACCUACCCUACAACUCGCAAUGCGACUCAAGAAGUCAUUCAACACACUCAAGAUUCUGCAAGAUGCGUGAGACCGGAGGAAUCGGAUGUCCAAGUUCCUAUUGGGAUAAGAAGCGAGCACAUCUCACAGGGCGACGACAUCCUUGGCGAAGCAGCUGCUAUUCACAACUGUGCCACCCAGUCGAGGAGCCCAAGCUCAGUCACAAAUCACAACCUCAUCAAUAACCCCCCAAACCUUGCAAGAAUACGGCAAGUAAUGUUUGAGUGCAAGGAUUCAAUAGAAAUCAGCCUUGAGGAAUUUGAAACCUACUGGCCUUUUAUCGAUAAUGUUUGGGUCAAACAGAGGUCUAAUUCCAGCAAAGAAGGUCACUGCACCACAGACUACUACAUGUGCCGAUUAAGACGUCCCACUCACCGCACUUCAGAAACUCGCCCUCUUCCUGAAGGCAAGCGCCCUCGAAAGAAAAGGGUGCGGGAGGGUGGCAUAUGCAAUUUUCAAAUCAAAGUUGUCAAAUUCGAGGGGGCGUAUUCGACGGUGACCAUCGCAAGAACCCCGGGGAGCAGUCGUGUGCAUUCACAUGACCUUGAUUUUAUCGACAGGGUGAAGCGGAAUUCGGGACUGAUGGAGUUUGCACGAAAGGAGGCGAUCAAGGGCUAUUUGCCCUCUUCAAUUUAUACGAAAUUCCAGGAGGAGCCUGAGAAGCUUAUUGAAGCUGGGGGAAAGUUCUGUACAGUGACAGAUGUGCGCAAUGUCUCGGCGAAGUGGAGAAUACAGAACCCGGAGGUUAAGCUCGUGGCACAUGAAGGCUAUGAAUAUCAAAAGGGUCAUGGUAUUGUAAGGAUGCGAGCAACUGACAGUGUCAGCAAUACUCCGGUCGACAAGCUACUAUCGAAAACAACUAUUCACUCCUCCUUACCCCCGGAUACGCUCUCUUUCCCCCAAUUUUCUCUAGAAUUCCUUGAGCCUUAUCUGCCAAAGCACAAUGAUCGGCGCCAAUUCCCUCAUGUCACAUUAUCCUACGCAUCCUCCAUGGAUUCUAAAAUAUCACUCCUUCCAGGCAUGCAAACUGUGCUCUCAGGACCCGAGGCCAAACUGAUGACCCACUAUCUCAGGUCACGUCAUGACGCGAUUUUGAUUGGGGUUGGGACAGUGCUUGCGGAUAACCCCGGACUCAAUUGUAGACUGGAAGGCGCAGGUGGGUUUGGUGGCCUUGGGAGGAUGUGGCAACCGCGGCCGGUGGUUGUCGAUCCAACAGGACGAUGGCCAGUCCACCCAGACUGCCGAAUGCUGAGGACUGCGGUGGAAGGCAAAGGCAAAGCGCCAUGGGUUGUGGUAUCGCCAGGAGCUAGGAUCCACCCGCAGAAGUUGAUGAUGCUGAAAGGCUAUGGAGGUGAUUUCCUCCGUAUUAUGGAAUACAAUCAGAAUUGGCGGCUGCGUUGGGAGGCUAUAUUACGUGCACUGGCAUCUGAAGGAAUCAAGAGCGUCAUGAUUGAAGGCGGCGGGACCGUUUUAAGUGAGCUGUUGAACCCCGAAUACACUGAGUUUAUUGACACGAUCAUUGUGACUGUCGCCCCAACAUAUCUUGGCUCAGGCGGGGUGAGUGUGAGUCCAGAUUCCAAGCGUGAUCAAGAAGGCAAGCCGAAUGCUGCUCUAAACCCUAGGGAUGUGAAAUGGAUGCCACUGGGACAGAAUGUUAUAAUGUGCGGGAGAAUCCGGGCUACGAUGCCAGUGAAUUCGCUUGCUACCAAUGUUGGGUCGUAAUAUCCAAAGAUAGUGCCAAUGAAGCCACAACAGACGUCCUUGAUUGGCCAUGGGGAGGAAUUCCAGUUGCAACAGGAUGAAAUCAGCCUCGACUUACCUGAAUAUUAGGCUACUACUACUACUACGUACAGUACGCCGUAUUCAGUACCUACCUAACCAGUGGCAUAUUAUUUAGGUUGUGUCCUUGACCUAUGAG